ACCACAGUGCACGCCGCCUGCCUAAGCCAGGAGCUUCAAAGGCUGCACACCGAUGGCUCCAAGCAAGCAAACGCCGGGAUGCAAGGCAAUGCAUGAGACAUACACGACUGACCCAUAGAGCCCAUCAUCUUACCCCACUGGAGAUGAGCCUGAACCCUACCAGACCUCAAACCUCUGCAAAGUCGGUGCCUGCUAGCCGGCAAAUCUGGAGCUGGGACAGCUCCUUAUCUGGGCUUUGCUCUACUGCUCUGUACACCAGCUUGGGACUUCAGG